AUGAAAGAAGAAGAUUUGAUACUUACAAUAGAUAGUGAAGAAGAAUUUAAUGAUUCUGAUUCUUCAGGAGAUGAAAAAGAUGAACCAGCCAGAGAAAUAGAUCCAAGUUUUCAAUUUUCAUUAGGAGAUGACCUUGAUGAAAUCAAAGAAUGGGAAGUUGAAGAACCUACAAAGGAUGUUGAUUUAGAUGAAAUUAUAAAGAGCAAAAGAGGAGAUGAUGAAGAAGAGCUAGAAAAUGAAUCUGAUGCUGAACUUGAAGAAAUACCACAACAACAAUCACAACAACAAGAAUCAGAAAGUGAUACAGAAGAAGCCAUAAAUGAAUUUUUUGAAUCUGCAACCACCACAACCACCAAAACAUUUCAAGAUUUACAACUAUCACGUCCAAUUCUCAAAAGUAUACAAAGUUUAUCCUUCACAACUCCAACACCUAUUCAAUCAGCCACUAUACCCAUUGCCCUUUUAGGUAAAGAUAUUGUAGCAGGUGCACAAACUGGGUCUGGUAAAACAGCUGCAUAUUUAAUUCCAUUAAUAGAACGUUUAAUUUUCAAAAAUUCAACAUCAACUAAAGCCAUAAUUUUAACUCCUACAAGAGAAUUAGCUAUUCAAGUUUAUGAUGUAGGAAGAAAAUUAGGUCAAUUUGUAAAUAAUUUAAAUUUUGGUUUAGCAGUUGGUGGGUUAAACUUAAAACAACAAGAACAACAAUUGAAAACUAGACCUGAUAUUGUUAUUGCGACUCCAGGUAGAUUAAUUGAUCAUAUACGAAAUAGUCCCAGUUUCAGUGUUGAAGAUGUACAAGUAUUAAUAAUUGAUGAAGCUGAUAGAAUGUUGGAAGAAGGGUUUCAAGAAGAACUUACUGAAAUAUUAUCUCUUAUACCGAAACACAAGAGACAAACUUUAUUAUUUUCAGCUACAAUGAAUACUAAAAUCCAAGAUUUAGUACAAUUAUCAUUAAAUAAACCAGUUAAAGUUAUGAUAGAUCCACCAAAAACAGUUGCAUCAAAAUUAGAACAACAAUUUGUUCGUAUAAGGAAAAGAGAAAAUUUAAAACCUGCCUUAUUAUUUGGACUUUUAAAAAAGUUAGAUGGUAGAAUAGUUGUAUUUGUUUCAAGAAAAGAAAUGGCACAUAAAUUAAGAAUUAUUAUGGGGUUACUAGGUUUAAAAGUUGCUGAAUUACAUGGUGCAUUAACUCAAGAACAAAGAUUGUAUAAUGUCAAAGCAUUUAAAGAUGAUGUAAAUGUUUUGGUGUGUACGGAUUUAGCAGCUAGAGGGUUAGAUAUAAAAAUUGAAUAUGUUAUCAACUUUGACAUGCCCAAAACAUAUGAAAUUUAUUUACAUAGAGUUGGUAGAACUGCAAGAGCUGGAAGAAAAGGUACAUCUAUAUCAUUUGUUGGAGAAAGUAAUCAAGAUAGAGCAAUUGUUAAAUCAGCUAUUAGUAAUGGUAAAAGUGUUGCAAGAAAAGUAGACUGGAAUGAUGUGGAAACUAUAAAUUCCAGAAUUGAAAAUAAAGAAUCUACAAUUGAUGAAGUAUUAGAAGAAGAAAAACAAGCAAAAGAAAUUUUAAGAGCUGAAAUGCAAUUAAAUAAAGCAGAAAAUUUAAUGAAAUAUGAAAAAGAAAUUCAUUCAAGACCUAAAAGAACAUGGUUUAAAAAUGAGGUAAUGGAACAAUUAACAAAACAUGGUAAAAAAGUAAAUUCUAAAAAGAGAAAAGCAAAUGAAGUUAAAAAGGAAUCAAAUGAAAAAAGAUCUUAUAAAAAGACUAAAGUUGAUAGAACUAAAAAGAAUUCAAAUAAAAAGAAGAAAUAG